AUGAAGUCUUUGUUGGAUCUCUACCCAAACGUGUACCGGCUACUAUUGCCUCACUUUGUCGAGAACCAGGAUAUUCGCAAUCGAUUCGAUGCCGCCUUGUCUGAGGACAAUGCCUUAGUCAUAGCACAAGCAUCCAGCGGUAUGUCGCACGGAGAGCUGGCCAGACUGGACCGCAAGAUCGAUCAGCUCACCACCACGAUGAAGCUUUCCACCCACGCUCCGCCGAAGACCUCUCACCAGCAAUUCUACGAGAUCAGCUUUGGUCUUCGCGGCCGGGAAGCACAAGCACACAUCAACGCAAUGGAGAACCUGUCCCUCGUCAAGACGCUUGAGAAAGCUACGGCUCCUUUCAACCAAGUCAAGGCAUGUCGCGUAUUCGCUACGAAGUUAGUUCUCUGUGUCUCCAGUGCCGCGACUGAGAUAGCUGUCCACGAGCAGCAACAAUACCUUGGACCGAUCCUGGGAAUACCCGCUCUGGAUUGCUUCCUACUGCGACAAACUUACGAAGUCCAAAUCAUUAACUUGAAGGUCCGACACAAUGGUCAAUUCGCAGAUCCCAGCCAAUUUGAGAAGGAGUGGUCCUCCCACAACGGAGUCACUAUCGCUGCUGCUCGAUGGACGUGGAAGAAGCUUAUCUGGAGCUUUCACAACCUCGGUGAUGCACAGAAGCUGGUCACCGGGAAUGGGGUAACCGUCAGUGGUAUUCCAGCACACGCUGUACCUUACGACAAACGCUCGACGCUGAAGUUGUGCCAUACAUGCGGAAAGCCCGGUCAUCUCAAGAGACAGUGUCCUGACGCUUUCGAUCCUGUCUGUCUACGAUGUGGUCAGAAGGAGAGCACGGUAGGGCACACUGCAUGGGGUAAUGGGAAGACCGCAUGUAACCAGUCUGAGUGCUGCGUCAACUGCGGGGGUCCGCAUCCUGCCUGGGGCCCACAAUGUCAGGAUCCGAAGGUGAAGCUAGCGUUUAAGGAUGCUCAGUUUUACGCUCAGAAGAAGGUCUUCUGGGAGUGUUAUCCUCGCGUCUGCGCGGAGCUCGCACCCGCUCCAUCACCCUCGCCAGCAGAGUCGGUCGCAAGUGGACCUCCAUCUGUCUUAAAGCACCCCGUAUCGCCAGCCAAGGGUGAUACUUCCUCUGUUCAUGACCGUGCAGCGGAGCCCGUUGCUUCGUCCAGUUCCGAUUUUGGUGACGCUGCCUAUGACAAAGAGACUCUCAGUCUUCUUGCUCAGUCCACUGAAGAGUCUUCCAUAUCGGCCGCUCACUCUGUCGAGGGAGGCAUCAUGCCGCCAGCCUCCCAGAGCGUUGCAUCGGAAGAUGAUCUGGACCUGGUCAUACCAAGCUUCCCAGCAGCUGUGGUGACCCAAGCAGCGGAGAACCCCUCGACCCAACUUACUUUGGAAGAAGAAAGAUACCCGAAGUCAGCGGGUAUGUUGGCUGAAGAAGCCGCUCAACAAACCACAGUACAGAACACCAUGCCAGCCACCAGGACGCCGAUCUCAUGGUCUUCCAGCUCACUGCAGAGAGAACCAUCAGCAUCAGCAGCUCCAACCGCAGCCUUCGGAGCCCCUCCUCAACAGGAUCGCAGGAAGGUUCGUUUACCGGAUUACCGAGCCUUUCCUGCGAGGCCCGUGGGACCGUUCCCGCAGAUCGACAAGCCUGACGUCGAAGCUCGUCCUCCAUCUGAGUGGCGUAUCCGCGAUAGUAUCAACAGAACCCGUGGUGGACCAGUAACUCGUCGUCCGCGUGGUGCUGGCAGCGGUAAGAUCAAGCCGCGUGAAGCUGGAAGAGACUCGCCGAUCCGGGGUUCAGUGUCUACGUACUUUGCGCCGGCUGGACACAGGAACAGCUGA